UGGGUGAAGAAAUUGAAUUAAAGAAAUGGGAAGGCCUCCAUGUUGUGAUAAAGAAGGUGUAAAGAAAGGGCCUUGGACUCCUGAAGAAGAUAUUGUUUUGGUUUCUUAUAUUCAAGAACAUGGCCCUGGAAAUUGGAGAGCUGUUCCUACUAAUACAGGAUUGCUUAGAUGUAGCAAGAGUUGUAGGUUGAGAUGGACUAAUUAUCUUAGACCAGGAAUCAAACGGGGGAAUUUCACUGAUCAAGAAGAGAGAAUGAUUAUUCAUCUUCAAGCCCUUUUGGGAAAUAGAUGGGCUGCGAUAGCUUCAUAUCUUCCACAAAGAACGGACAACGAUAUAAAGAAUUACUGGAAUACACAUUUGAAAAAGAAGUUGAGGAAGGUUCACAUGAGGUCAAAUUAUGGAGAUACAUCAAAGCAAGGAAUAGCAAGAGGACAAUGGGAGAAGAGACUUCAAACUGAUAUUAGAAUGGCAAGACAAGCAUUGUGGGAAGCUCUUACACCACAAAAUUCAACUACUCCUAAUUUCUCUGGCUGUUUCUCUUUUUCUUCCCAAGCCCAAGCCCAGGCCCAGGCCCAAGCUACCGCUUAUGCAUCGAGCACUGAGAACAUAGCCAAAUUGUUGACUGGGUGGAUGAAAACUCCGCCCAAGGCGGCGGCGAAAACCACCCCACAUGGCGGCGGCGAUCAGGAAAUUGGGUCAAUUUUGAAGUAUGAGUGUAUUGAAAAUGGUAAUUGUGAAAAAUAUGAGGGUAUGGAGGAUGGGAUUAAUUGUGAAGGAUUACCAUUUUCUGUGAUUGAAAAAUGGUUGCUUGAAGAAAAUGGAGGUGUCCAAACAAAAGAUUGUGGGAUUAAUGAUAUUGGAAUAUUGGAUGAAAAUAUUUGAAGAACAUUAAAAAAAAAAAAAAAAAAAAAAUAAUUUCUUUGGGGGGGAAUAUAUAUAUUUUUUUAAUCUCUCCUUUACAUUCUUGAUUUAAAUUUCAAAGUUAGCAAUAUUAAUAUAGAUCAUGUAAAAAUAUUAUAUAUUCAUGUUUUUAUUUAUC